CGACGUCUUGCUCCUCAUCCACGACAAUCCUCCAUCCCUUUAUAGCCUUGGCCUGAAUACUUGCAUCGGUUUCGCCCCUUCUCUCUUCCCCAGCAGCACAAUGGCUGCCCGCCCUCAGCAACCCAGCCACGAGGGCGCAUACACCUCUCCCUCUCCACCCGCAGAUGCCCAGGAUCCCUUUGCGCAGCCAAGAUACUACGACGAAAACAGCGCAGAGUAUCCCUACAGGAGGAGAGACACCUACGGCUCAGACAGCUCCGCCGCUGGCCUCAACGACGGCGACAGGUACUACGACCACCCAGAGACCUACGGUCAACCCGACACAGACUCAGAACAUGACAUCUACGCACGCGGUGACCAGCCGUCCGCUGAAUCCCUCGGUACGAACCGCAUGGGAAUGUCCGACUCCACAACUCCUACCUGGGACUUCGGUGGCGGCGCACAGUACGGCGACCGCGAACCCUAUCCCGCCUGGAGCUCAGAGCGUCAGAUCCCUCUCUCCAAGGAAGAAAUCGAGGACAUUUUCCUCGACCUCCAGCAGAAGUUUGGCUUCCAGCGCGACUCCAUGCGGAACAUGUUUGACUUUACCAUGCAAUUGCUCGACAGUCGCGCUUCAAGAAUGUCUCCCAACCAGGCUCUUCUCACCCUUCAUGCAGACUACAUCGGCGGCCAACACUCUAACUAUCGUAAAUGGUACUUCGCCGCCCAACUCGACCUCGACGACGCCGUGGGCCAGACGCAGAACCCAGGCAUCAACCGGCUCAAGUCGACUAAGCGUCGCGGUCGUAACGCGCACGAGAAAUCACUUGGCAGCGCGCUCGACCGCUGGCGUCAGGCGAUGAACAAUAUGAGCCAGUACGACCGCAUGCGCCAGAUCGCCCUAUACCUCAUGUGUUGGGGCGAAGCUGCCCAAGUUCGCUUCACGCCCGAAUGUCUCUGCUUCAUCUUCAAGUGCGCAGACGACUACUACCGCUCAGCCGAGUGCCAGAGCCGUGUCGACCCUGUGCCCGAAGGCCUCUAUCUCCGCGCCGUCAUCAAGCCGCUUUAUCGUUUCAUUCGUGAUCAGGGUUAUGAGGUUUCAGAGGGCAAGUUCGUUCGGAGGGAGCGAGACCACGACCAGAUCAUCGGUUACGACGAUAUCAACCAGCUCUUCUGGUAUCCGGAGGGUAUCGCUCGUAUCGUUUGCACGGACAAGACUCGUCUUGUGGACGUUCCUCCUGCGCAGCGGUUUAUGCGGUUCGAUCGCAUCGACUGGAACCGCGCCUUUUUCAAGACGUACUACGAGAAGCGCUCGUUCGGUCACCUGCUCGUCAACUUCAACCGUAUCUGGGUCCUGCACGUAUCCCUCUACUGGUUCUACACGGCUUACAACUCCCCGAAGGUCUACCAACCCGCGAGCGGCAACUCGACGGCUUUGGCAUGGUCGUGCACCGCGCUCGGUGGUGCGGUCGCGACUCUGAUCAUGAUCGCCGCUACCCUCGCUGAAUUCUCCUACAUCCCUACGACAUGGAACAACACCUCGCAUCUCACUCGGCGAUUAAUCUUCCUUUUCGUCACUCUCGGUCUCACCGCCGGUCCUACCGUCUACGUCGCCAUCGCGGAAAACUCUUCGUCCAAGGGAGGUUCACUCGCGCUCAUCCUCGGUAUCGUCCAAUUCUUCAUCUCUGCCGUCGCCACGAUUCUGUUCGGUACCAUGCCCUCCGGUCGUAUGUUCGGUGAUCGCGUAGCGGGCAAGUCACGAAAAUAUCUGGCCAGUCAGACUUUCACCGCCAGCUACCCGAGCAUGUCGCGCGCCGCUCGUGCCUCUUCGCUCCUCCUCUGGUUCCUCGUCUUUGGCUGUAAAUUCACCGAGUCCUACUUCUUCUUGACGCUCUCCUUCCGUGACCCGAUCAGCGCCAUGGUCCAUAUGGUGGUACAGAACUGCGACGAGAAGUUGUUCGGGCAGGCGCUCUGUCAGAACCAGGCCAAGUUCACCCUCGCGAUUAUGUACGUUAUGGACCUCGUACUGUUCUUCCUCGACACUUUCCUCUGGUACAUCAUUUGGAACACGGUCUUCUCCAUCGCUCGGUCGUUCGCGCUUGGUCUCUCGAUUUGGACACCGUGGAGGGAUAUCUACGCGAGGUUGCCGAAGAGGAUUUAUUCGAAGAUCUUGGCUACGUCGGAGAUGGAGGUGAAGUAUAAGCCAAAGGUCCUAGUCUCCCAGAUCUGGAACGCCAUCAUCAUCUCAAUGUACCGCGAACAUCUCCUCUCCAUCGAACACGUUCAGAAGCUACUCUACCACCAGGUCGAUACCCCCGAUGGCAGGCGCAGUCUCCGCGCCCCGCCGUUCUUCGUCUCACAGACGGACAAGGGGUAUAAGGGCGACUUUUUCCCGGCCGGGAGCGAGGCAGAGCGCAGGAUCUCGUUCUUUGCGCAGAGUCUUACGACCGCUAUACCCGAGGCGCUUCCUGUGGAUGCUAUGCCUACGUUCACGGUGCUUACGCCGCAUUAUAGUGAGAAGAUCUUGUUGUCCCUCCGUGAGAUCAUCAAAGAGCCGGAUAUGCACAGUCGCGUCACGUUGCUUGAGUAUCUCAAGCAGCUCCACGGCGUCGAAUGGCAGAAUUUCGUCAAGGACACCAAGAUCCUCGCCGAGGAAUCCGACAUGUACGCCGGCAACAACCCGUUCAACGGUUCGGACGAGAAGACGCAGAAGACGGACGACCUUCCGUUCUACAUGAUCGGCUUCAAGAGCGCCGCCCCCGAAUUCACCCUCCGGACCCGUAUCUGGGCCUCCCUCCGCGCGCAGACCCUGUAUCGCACCGUGUCGGGCAUGAUGAACUACUCCAAGGCGAUCAAGCUGCUCUAUCGCGUCGAGAAUCCGGAAGUGGUGCAGAUGUUCGGUGGGAAUACGGAUAAGUUGGAACGUGAGCUGGAGAGGAUGGCGAGGCGGAAGUUCAAGUUCGUCGUUUCGAUGCAGAGGUACUCGAAGUUCAACAAGGAGGAGCACGAGAACGCGGAGUUUUUGUUGAGGGCGUAUCCAGAGUUGCAGAUCGCGUACCUCGAGGAAGAGCCGAGGAAGGAAGGCGGCGAUCCGAGGUUGUUUUCGGCGCUCAUUGAUGGACAUUCGGAGUUUAAUGCGCAGACUGGGGCGAGGAAACCGAAGUUUAGGAUUGAGCUGCCUGGGAACCCUAUCCUCGGCGAUGGAAAAUCGGACAACCAGAACCAUGCGAUCAUCUUUUAUCGGGGCGAGUACUUGCAGCUCAUCGACGCUAACCAGGAUAACUAUCUCGAGGAGUGUCUCAAGAUCCGGAAUGUCCUGGGCGAGUUCGAGGAGUAUACCGUUUCGAGCCAGAGUCCGUAUGCGACCUGGGGCCAGAAGGAGUUCAAUAAGGCCCCGGUGGCCAUCGUCGGCGCGCGCGAGUACAUCUUCUCGGAGAAUAUCGGUAUACUUGGAGAUAUCGCAGCAGGGAAGGAACAGACGUUCGGUACGCUCGCGGCGCGGUCUCUAGCCUGGAUCGGGGGCAAGCUGCACUACGGACAUCCGGAUUUCCUGAACGCGACGUUCAUGAACACCCGUGGCGGGAUCUCCAAAGCGCAGAAAGGCCUGCAUCUGAACGAGGAUAUCUAUGCGGGCAUGACGGCGUUCGGGCGGGGCGGGAGUAUCAAGCAUACGGAGUAUUAUCAGUGUGGCAAGGGGCGCGAUCUUGGGUUUGGGACGAUAUUGAAUUUCCAGACGAAGAUUGGGACGGGGAUGGGGGAGCAGAUGUUGAGCAGGGAGUAUUAUUAUCUUGGGACGCAGUUGCCGAUUGAUCGGUUCUUGACGUUUUAUUAUGGACAUCCCGGGUUCCAUAUCAAUAAUAUGUUGAUUAUAUUGAGCGUGCAGGUGUUUAUCGUCACUAUGGUGUUCCUCGGUACGCUGAACUCGUCGCUUACGAUCUGCAAGUAUACGAGUUCGGGCCAGCUCGUCGGUGGUCAGGGCGGAUGUUACAACCUCGUUCCGGUGUACGAGUGGAUCGACCGGUGUAUCAUCUCGAUUUUCUUGGUGUUCAUGAUCGCGUUCUUGCCUCUGUUCCUGCAAGAACUCGUCGAACGCGGUACCGGCCGAGCGAUCAUCCGUCUAGGCAAACAAUUCUCGUCCUUCUCCCCCGUCUUCGAGGUCUUCUCCACCCAGAUCUACACGCACUCCAUUCUGAACAACCUCACGUUCGGCGGGGCGCGGUACAUCGCCACCGGCCGUGGAUUCGCGACGUCCAGGAUCUCGUUCAGCAUCCUCUAUUCGCGUUUCGCCGGACCGAGCAUCUACUUUGGGAUGAGGACGCUGCUGAUGUUGCUCUAUGUGACGCUGUCGUUCUGGACGGGGUAUUUGAUUUAUUUCUGGAUUUCGAUUCUGGCGCUUUGUAUCGCGCCGUUCUUGUAUAACCCGCAUCAGUUCUCGUUUACGGACUUUAUUGUUGAUUAUCGCGAGUUCUUGCGUUGGAUGUCGCGCGGUAACUCGCGGUCGCACAACAACUCCUGGAUCGGCUACUGUCGUCUCUCGAGGACCAUGAUCACCGGUUACAAGAAGAAGAAGCUCGGGAAGCCGUCAGAGAAACUAUCGGGCGACGUCCCUCGUGCGGGCUGGCGCGCCGUCAUCGUCUCCGAAGUACUCUUCCCGAUCUGCAUGGCCAUCCUCUUCACGAUCGCGUACAUGUUCGUCAAAUCGUUCCCCGUCGACGGCAAGCAGCCCCCCGCCCCCCUCAUCCGCAUGGCGGUUGUGUCGAUCGGUCCGAUCGUGUGGAAUGCGGCGGUGUUGCUCGUGCUGUUUAUGGUGUCGUUGUUACUGGGCCCGAUGCUGGAGACGUGUUGUGCGAGGUUUGGGUCGGUUAUGGCGGCGUUGGCGCAUGGGUUGGGAGUCGUUGGUAUGGUCGGGUUCUUCGAGUUCUUCUGGUUCCUCGAGGCCUGGGAUACGUCCCACGCCGUGCUCGGUCUCAUUACUAUCAUCGCCAUCCAACGUGCAGUCCACAAAGUCCUCAUCUCCGUCUUCCUCUCCCGUGAGUUCAAGCACGACGAGACCAAUCGUGCGUGGUGGACGGGUAAAUGGUACGGUCGCGGCCUUGGGAACCAUGCGUUGUCGCAACCCGCGCGCGAGUUCAUCGUUAAGAUUAUCGAGUUGUCGCUUUGGAGUUCAGACUUUAUUUUGGGGCAUUUCUUGAUGUUCAUGAUGUCGCCGCCGUUGCUUAUUCCGUAUAUUGAUCGUUUGCAUUCUGUUACGCUUUUCUGGCUCCGUCCGUCGAAGCAGAUUCGGGCACCGAUUUACAAUAUCAAAGUGCGGAAACAACGCCGUGCGAUCCUCAUAAAAUAUAUUCCUCUCUACAUCGUCGCCAUCGCCAUCUUUGUGGCUUUGGUCGCCACUCCUCCCAUUCUGCGUUCUCAGCUCGACUUCACGUGCAGUAUCUGUGACUCCCUGUAAUUCUUGGACAAUCGUCUCGCCAUAUUUCUUUUCUCUCUUCUCGUCCUUGUUUCGCCUUUCGUCAUCUUUAGUAGUCUCGGUUUACCCCCAUCCCAUCAUAACACCUACUCCCUCACGUCGCGCUAGAUACCAUCCUUCCAACCCAAUUACCUCUCUAUCUCUAUCCCUCACCCGUCCAUUCACUUCCUCUCCACCCGUACCCCCGUUAAUCCGAUGUCCGUUGUAUGUGAUGUGCUCCGUCUUGAUUUCUGUUCCGCCUCUCGUCACCGACGCCACCGCUCCUCGUUCACCUCUAAUGACGAUUUUGUUCCUCUUUAUUCCAUGACGAACGCUUUUUUUCUUUUCUUUACCUACCUGUCUUCUAGUCCCGUCCGUGUCCGUACACGACCGACUGUAACAAUCAGCGUUUGCGUUUCCUAUUACUUUCCUCCCUCACCCCUCCUGUCGUUCUUGUUCGGAUUAGUAUCAGUGAUGCAUGUCAGCCAGUUGUUCGUUUGUCUGUCUAUUUGUCCGUCCGUCAGUCCGCCCUCUAUCUACUUCUCCCGCCAUUUGUUUGUUUGCCGAACUCUUUACUUCGGACUCGUUUUGCCAGUGAACGUUAUGCGAUGGACUCUUUUUUGUUUGUUGGCUGCGAUCGUCCUGUACAUUUCCACCCCCUAGAGCAACGAUUGUCAUUCUUUUGAUUUUCUCCUCGUCUGUCCUUGACAAACCCUUGCCGUCGUUUUUUUGUCCUUGGCAUGUUCCUUCGUGUGCGGACGUGAUGCAUGCAUUUUAUUCUCGGACACGGUAGGCGUGAUAAUCCAUAGGUACAUACACACACCCCAUCGGACUACUCGAAUACUAUUCCAGUUUAGUU